CAAAGCGGCUCCCCGCCGCCGGUGAGCGGCCGAGGUCGGCACGGGAGGCUGCCAGCGCGGGGCUCCAUGCCCGUUGCCCGGGAGCUCCGCCAUGGGGAGCCGGCUCUGGCUCCUCGUGCUGCUGGGCUGCUGCGCGGCGGCUGCAGGUCUGAGCAAUGUUGUUGGAGUUGGGUCCCACUGCGAGACAGCCUGCAACCCUCGAAUGGGAAAUUUAGGGCAUGGACGUAAAUUGUGGACAGAUACAAAAUGUGGGGGGAAUUCCACAGAGUUUUACUGUUCCUACAGUGAGAAUGUAGACCUCAUAUGCAAAUGGCCUAAGUGCAACAAAUGCAAUUCAAUGCAUGCCCAUUUGGCUCACCCUCCCUCUGCCAUGGUUGACUCUUCUUUCCGAUUACCACACACAUGGUGGCAAUCAGCACAGGGGGUGCACCAGGAGAAGAUCCAACUGGACUUGGAAGCUGAAUUUUAUUUCACUCAUUUAAUCAUGCUAUUCAAGUCACCCAGACCAGCAGCCAUGGUCUUGGAGAGAUCUCAGGAUUUUGGAAAAACAUGGAAACCUUACAAAUACUUUUCUGCUAACUGUUCAGCAAUGUUUGGGCUGGAGGAUGAUGUAACCAAGAAAGGAGCAAUUUGCACUUCUAGAUAUUCCAGUCACUUCCCCUGCACUGGAGGAGAGGUCAUAUACCGAGCUCUGUCUCCACCAUUUUCUUCUGAUGAUCCUUAUAGCCCUGAAGCUCAGGCUCAGCUGAAAAUCACUAACCUUAGAGUGCAGCUGCUUAAACGACAAUCUUGCCCUUGUCAUAGCAAUGACCUGAAUAUGAAACUUCCACAGUUAACCUACUACGCUGUUUAUGAUUUCAUCGUAAAGGGGAGCUGCUUUUGUAAUGGCCAUGCGGACCACUGUGUGCCGAUCAAAGGAUUCAGGCCUGUCAAAGGUGCAGGAGUCUUCCAUGUGGUCCACGGAAGGUGUGUGUGUAAACACAAUACUGCAGGAACUCAUUGUCAGCAUUGUGCUUCACUCUACAAUGAUCAACCCUGGCAAGCUGCAAAUGGCAAAACAGGAGCCCCAAAUGAAUGCAGAUCCUGUAAGUGCAAUGGACAUUCUGACACUUGCCACUUUGACAUGGACACGUGGCUGGCAUCAGGGAACCAAAGCGGUGGAGUCUGUGAUAAUUGUCAACACAAUACAGAAGGCCAGCAUUGUCAGCAUUGUAAACCAGGCUACUAUCGAGACCUCAGAACACCUUUUUUUGCCCCAGAAGCCUGCAAAUUGUGCUCCUGCCACCCUGUUGGAUCAGCAAUGUUUCCAUUUUGUGAUCCCAGCAAUGGUGACUGUCCCUGUAAACCGGGUGUGGCUGGUCCUCAAUGUGAUAGGUGCAUGGUUGGGUACUGGGGCUUUGGCUAUUAUGGCUGCCGACCAUGUGAUUGUGCUGGAAGUUGUGACCCACUGAACGGUGACUGUAUCAAUAGCAAUACAGAUAUCGGCUGGUACCAUGAAAUCCCCAGUUUUUAUUCUGCAUAUAAUGAGAGUGAACCAGCAUGGGGGUGGGAGGAUGCACAAGGGUAUUCUGCCCUUCGACAUUCAGGAAAAUGUGAGUGUAAAGACCAAGUUUUAGGGAAUUCCAAGCUCUUCUGUGGCAUGAAAUACACAUAUGUGCUGAAGGCAAAGAUUUUAUCAGCUCACGAUAAAGGCUCUCAUGCUGAGGUUAACGUCAAGAUAAAAAAAGUAUUGAAAUCUACAAAGCUUAAGGUUUUCCGAGGGAAGCGGAUUCUUUACCCAGAAUCAUGGACUAACAGAGGCUGUACUUGCCCAAUACUUAAUCCUGGUUUAACGUACCUUGUGGCUGGAUAUGAAGAUGUCCAAGCAGGAAGAUUGAUAGUCAAUAUGAAAAGUUUUGUCCAGCAGUGGAAACCAGCUCUUGGGAAAAAAGUCUUUGAGAUUUUCAAAGACUGCAGCUGAAAGUGCCAAACAGGCCAUUUAUUUAUGCAUGAAAUGCAAAGUUCAUCGAAAGAAGACCUCAAAAAUGAAAACUGGAAUGUAAGGGAAUAGUGCCAAAUAUGUCAAGAGGUUGAUAGCAUUUCACCCUGAUCCUAAACAUAUUGGUCUCAAUUGAGGAGGGGUAAUGCACAUAUUGAAAGUGGGAUCUGUGUGUCAAACUCCCACCCCAGAAGCUGAACCUCAUCCAGUAGUUCCAGCUGAAUGUGCAAGGAAGCUCAGAGCCAGCAAUCAGCAAGUGCAACAACAGACAGUGUAGCUGUGUUCUGGAAUCACCUCUACCCAUUUCACAUUCCCACCCAUCAUCUGUUUGAUGAGGAAAUGGGUCUUUGUGAGCAAAGAUGCACCCACAAAUUAUACCCAAAUUGGCAUAAUCUGCUUGGAAGUGAGUCCCAUUUAUUCUACAAAAUUCUACAAAAACUGUUUCAAGUUUCCUUAUAAUCACAGCCAAAAGUUUAAAGUAUUAAAUUAAUUUUCACUGUCAAUAUUGACUUAGUUCCCUACUUUACAAAAAGUUUUUUUGGUGCAAAGUCUGCUGAAAUAUGUGGGACUGAACUUGCACCAAGGGAGUGAUUUGAGAAUCCAAACCUAAUUCUUGUGUACUUUUUUGGAAGGAUGCACAUAUGCUCGUGAUGGACUGCCAUCAGCUACAGAUCCUAGGGAGAAUCAAUGCAAUCAAUGGAACAGUUUUGGUUUACAUUGGUAUAACUAAGAUUAAGAUUACAUUCACUGCAGAUUUCUAUAGGAGUAACACAGGUAUGAACGCCAAGAAUAUAACAGUGGGAAAAUCCAUUGGAAAACACAUCCUGUAAACUGAGAAAUACCACUGUAUCUAAUUAGGACAUGUCUUUAUUCAUCAUAGCUCUGCAGAACAUUUUUUAAAAGCUAGAUAUGAUAGGUUUGUCAUUCAGCAUACUUUGUAGAUGCUGGGUCAAAUUUUCCACUCAGUUAAACCAACGGGAAUUUGUUGCAACCAGUAGAGUGUAAUUCUGUGUUUGAGUUAACAUAAAUGAAAAUCCUUUCAUCAGACCUUUGGUGACUGAUUCCAUAAGGUGUGUAUGGGAACAAGUUAUUUUAUGGCAUAUAAUUAUUUCAUUAUAUAAAGCACUUUAUUGCCUGCCCCUUUAUAGUGUGAAAAUUCUCAAAUGGCACAGGAAAAAGUCUAUUGGAAAAUAAAAACUCUAAGACUAGUAGGAUAAAAAGGAUGAUUUUUUUCUUACAUCUGGCAACAGCCAAUCAAAAAAGUUGAGUAUAAAUUUUGAAAAACUAAAAUAUUUGCACUGAAGUCCCUACUUCAGACUAAUGGUUUGAUUCUACCAUUAAAAGUCUGUAUAAACUAUGAAAAAUAGCUCUCAAAAAAUUUUUAAAAAACUUUUAUAAAAGUUCCGCUUGUUGAAAUAUGAUGGAUGUAGUUCGUAAUUCAUACUGUUGGUCUUACUUUAUAAUAUUUGAACUUGAACAGGAAAGGCUGCAGUCUGAUGCACAUUUACUUGGAAGUCAAUCCCAUUAAAAUAAGGUGAUUUAUUUAUUCGAAUAAGAUGACUUAAAGAUGGGCUGAAAUGUGCUUUGUUCUGUGUCAGUUUGAAACACUCCCACGAUAAAGUUAGUUUACAGGAUAUAUUAUGAUUUUUUACCAUUUCCUUCACUAGAUUAUACACUUCUCUAUUAAUGCAUAUUUAAAAUAGCAACAAAAUAUAUUCUUUAUACAUAUAAAAACAAAGGAAGAACUACAAAGCAUUUUUAAAAGUCACACAUACAUGUUCAAUGUGUUUUCUUUUGUGGUCCUGUGGAGUCACAAAAAUACUUUUUUAAAAAAUUGGGGUUUUUUAUAUCUUAUGUAUAUAAUAAAUACACUAUGAUUCAAAUCAUUUGUAUUUUAUCUUUUAUGGUCUAACCUAAUGCUUCCAGUAGUUGUAAUGUCGAAUAUUUUUGACAGAGAAGAACUGAAGCACUAACACUGCAAUAUUUUGUUACUAAGAAAAUAUGAUUCUUCCCUAGAUGCUCUCUGGGCAAUACACUUAUACCUACUAUGGAAUGUGGAUGCCUAAGUGUCAUUGGUCCUUUUUUGACAGUGCCUGUGACUUCAAGAGUUAGUAGUGACAAUGGCUCCUUGCCUUCCCCCCCUCCCCAAUCAAUAUUAUGUGACCCUUUAAAAUAAUUUGCAAUAGUAGUUGAAGGCCAUAUACUCUAUUAGGCUGUAUACUCUAUUGCUGUACCCUACUUACAACAAUGGAAGGUGUAAAUCUCACUUUAGGAAAUGUUUCUCCAUUGCAUGAACUUUACCAUUUGAAGGCUGUUCUGUUACUUUCCUUCUCUCUGUGGUGUGAAAGUUUUGUCAAUUUCACUUCACUCUGAAAAAACAUUAUCAGGUUGAUUCCCAGGACUUCUGUAUAGACAUGCGCUGGGUAAUAAAGGAAGAGAGUACUCAUAUAAGACCACUUUGAGUA